UAGCUCACUGGAGAGCUGGGGGCAAGGCGGGGCGCUGACGUCAUCUCCCCUCCCCCAGUUCCUCCAAGAGGGAGGGAGUGGGGAAAAGAGACUGCGAUCCGCCGCAGCUCCCGGCCGCAACUCCUCAACUAGGCGGCUGGCUGCCUGGACAUGUCCUGACAAACUUGGCUUCUCUCCUGCCCUCUCCAGCGCUCGCGCAUUCUCUUUUCGUCUCCUUUUGGUGCUCAAGUUUCCCCCUGGUCGGAAGCCUCUGGAGAUGCUGCCAUCUGGGUCCCAGCAGCGCGGGCGGAUCGCACUCUGGUUGGGGAUAUGCUGAAGAUCCAAGAGAAGCAAAGUUGGUACUUAAAACACGGCUCUUAACAAUAUCCAAACCGCGUGCGAAUUACCCAACUGCCUGGGAGCGCAAAGCGGAGCACCGAGGACUGGACUAGAGUGGUAAUUCGACAUUGGCCGAAAAGUCAUCUCCAUUUCGUUAUGUAGAGGCUAAAGAUCAGUAAAAUCCUGGCAGCACCAGAGUCUGAAUCUCUGUGGAUCCCGUGGCGACGAAGUGCAACUUCUUCCAGGCAAUUAGAUUUCUCGGUUCCUGAGAGUUAAACAAUGGGGAGACAUUUGGCCUUGCUUCUGCUUCUGCUUCUCCUUCUCCAACAUUUUGGAGACAGUGAUGGAAGCCAAAGACUUGAACAUCCUCCUCCUCUACAGUUUACACAUUUCCAGUACAAUGUCACUGUGCACGAGAAUUCUGCAGCUAAAACCUAUGUUGGGCAUCCUGUGAAGAUGGGUAUUUACAUUACAAAUCCACUGUGGGAAUUAAGGUACAAAAUUGUCUCAGGAGACAACGAAAACCUGUUCAAAGCUGAGGAAUACAUUCUUGGAGAUUUUUGCUUUCUAAGAAUAAGGACCAAAGGAGGAAACACAGCUAUUCUUAACAGAGAAGUGAAAGACCAUUACACAUUGAUAGUCAAAGCAGUUGAAAAAAAUACUAAUGUUGAAGCACGAACAAAGGUCAGGGUUCAAGUGCUGGAUACAAAUGACUUGAGACCAUUGUUCUCACCCACCUCAUACAGUGUUUCCCUACCUGAAAAUACAGCUAUAAGGACCAGUAUUGCCCGAGUCAGUGCCACAGAUGCAGACAUAGGAACCAAUGGAGAAUUUUAUUACAGUUUUAAAGACCGAACUGACAUGUUUGCUAUUCACCCAACCAGUGGCACCGUAGUUUUAACUGGUAGACUUGAUUACGUAGAGACUCAGCUCUAUGAGCUGGAGAUCCUUGCUGUGGACCGAGGAAUGAAGUUGUAUGGUAGCAGUGGUAUCAGCAGCAUGGCCAAGCUAACAGUUCAUGUGGAACAGGCCAAUGAAUGUGCUCCUGUGAUAACAGCAGUGACAUUGUCACCAUCAGAACUGGACAAGGACCCGACAUAUGCAAUUGUAACUGUGGAUGACUGUGAUCAGGGUGCCAAUGGGGAAAUCGCUUCUUUAAGCAUUGUGGCAGGUGACUUCCUUCAACAGUUUAGAACAGUGAGAUCCUCUCCAGGAAGUAAAGAGUAUAAAAUCAAAGCUCUUAAUGGCAUUGAUUGGGACAGUCAUCCUUCUGGCUACAAUCUGACUCUACAGGCUAAAGAUAAGGGAACUCCUCCCCAGUUCUCUUCAGUAAAAGUAAUUCAUGUGACUUCUCCACACUUUAAAGCUGGGCCAGUCAGGUUUGAAAAGGAUAUUUACAGAGCAGAAAUAAGUGAAUUUGCUCCUCCCAAUACACCUGUGGUCAUGGUAAAAGCCGUUCCUAGUUAUCCCCAUUUGAGGUAUGUUUUUAAAAGUACACCUGGAAAAGCUAAAUUCAGUUUAAAUCAUAACACUGGUCUCAUUUCCAUUUUAGAACCAAUUAAAAGACAGCAGACAUCCCAUUUUGAACUUGAAGUAACAACAAGUGACAGAAAAGCCUCCACAAAAGUCUUGGUUAAAGUCUUAGGUACAAAUAGCAAUCCCCCUGAAUUUACCCAGACAGCGUACAAAGCAUCCUUUGAUGAGAACGCACCCAUUGGUACUACUGUCAUGAGGGUGAGCGCCAUAGACCCUGAUGAGGGUGAGAAUGGAUACGUGACUUACAGUAUUGCAAAUCUAAAUCAUGUGCCAUUUGUGAUUGAUCAUUUCACUGGUGCCGUGAGUACUUCAGAAAACCUGGACUACGAACUGAUGCCUCGGGUUUAUACCUUAAGAAUUCGAGCAUCAGACUGGGGCUUGCCAUACCGUCGGGAAGUUGAAGUCCUUGCUACUAUUACUCUCAACAACUUGAAUGACAACACACCUUUGUUUGAGAAAAUAAAUUGUGAAGGAACAAUUCCCAGAGAUCUAGGUGUGGGGGAGCAAAUAACUACCGUGUCUGCUAUAGAUGCUGAUGAACUUCAGUUGGUACGGUAUCAGAUUGAAGCUGGGAAUGAACUAGAUUUGUUUGGCUUAAACCCCAACUCUGGGGUAUUGUCAUUAAAGCAGUCACUUAUGGAUGGUUUAGGUGCAAAGGUAUCUUUUCACAGUUUGAGAAUUACAGCUACAGAUGGAGAAAAUUUUGCCACCCCAUUAUAUAUCAACAUAACUGUGGCUGCCAGUCGCAAGCCAGUAAACUUGCAGUGUGAAGAGACUGGUGUUGCCAAAAUGCUGGCAGAGAAACUCCUGCAGGCAAAUAAGUUGCACGGUCAGGGGGAGGCCGAGGAUAUUUUCUUUGAUUCUCACUCCGUCAAUGCUCAUGUCCCACAGUUUAGGAGUACUCUUCCGGCUGGUAUUGAGGUAAAGGAAAACCAUCCUGUGGGUUCCAGCAUAAUUUUCAUGAAUGCUACUGACCUUGACUCUGGCUUCAAUGGAAAAUUGGUAUAUGCUAUUUCUGGAGGAAAUGAGGAUAGUUGCUUCAUCAUUGACAUGGAAACAGGAAUGCUGAAAAUUUUAUCUUCACUUGAUCGUGAAACAACAGACAGAUACACAUUGAAUAUUACUGUUUUUGACCUUGGUAUACCACAGAAGGCAGCUUGGCGUCUUCUGGAUAUCAUUGUUCUGGAUGCCAAUGAUAAUCCACCUGAAUUUUUACAGGAGAGCUAUUUUGUUGAAGUGAGUGAAGACAAAGAGAUAAAUAGUGAAAUCAUCCAGGUUGAAGCUACUGAUAAAGAUCUAGGCCCCAAUGGACAUGUGACAUACUCUAUUCUUACAGAUACUGAUAAGUUUUCAAUUGACAGCACAACUGGUGUGGUUAAAAUUAUACACCCUUUGGAUCGUGAACUACAGCAUGUGCAUUACUUAAAGAUUGAAGCCAGGGAUCAAGCCAAAGAAGAGCCCCAGUUGUUUUCCACUGUGCUUUUGAAAGUCUCACUAGAAGAUGUUAAUGACAACCCACCUAAGUUCAUUCCACCUAAUUACCGUGUGAAAGUUCGAGAGGAUCUGCCAGAAGGAACGAUAAUCAUGUGGUUAGAAGCCUACGAUCCUGACUUAGGUCAAUCUAGUCAAGUGAGAUACAGUCUUAUGGACCAUGGAGAAGGACACUUUGAUGUGGAUAAACUCAGUGGAGCAGUUAGAAUUGUGCAACAGUUGGACUUUGAGAAGAAGCAAGUGUACAAUCUCACGGUGAGGGCCAAAGACAAAGGAAAGCCAGUUUCUCUGUCUUCCACUUGCUAUGUGGAAAUUGAGGUAAUUGAUGUGAAUGAGAACUUACAUCCUCCAGUAUUUUCCAGCUUUGUGGAAAAGGGUGCAGUGAAAGAAGAUGUCCCUAUUGGCUCAUCGGUAAUGACAGUGUCAGCUCAUGAUGAGGACACAGGAAGAGAUGGGGAGAUCCGAUAUUCCAUUAGAGAUGGUUCUGGUGUUGGUGUUUUCAAGAUAGAUGAAGAAACAGGUGUCAUAGAGACUUCAGACCGACUGGACCGUGAAUCGACCUCCCAUUACUGGCUAACAGUCUAUGCAACUGAUCAGGGUGUAGUGCCUCUUUCAUCAUUUAUAGAGAUCUACAUAGAGGUUGAGGAUGUCAAUGAUAAUGCACCACAGACAUCAGAGCCUGUCUAUUAUCCAGAGAUAAUGGAAAAUUCUCCAAAGGAUAUACCCGUGGUCCAAAUUGAGGCAUUUGAUCCAGAUUCUAGCUCUGAUGACAAGCUCACAUACAAAAUUACAAGUGGAAAUCCACAAGGAUUCUUUUCAAUACAUCCUAAAACAGGCCUUAUCACAACAACAUCAAGAAAACUAGACCGAGAACAGCAGGAUGAACACAUAUUAGAAGUUACUGUGACCGACAAUGGUACUCCCCCUAGAUCAACCAUUGCAAGAGUAAUUGUGAAAAUCCUUGAUGAAAAUGACAACAAGCCUCAGUUCCUGCAGAAGUUCUACAAGAUCAGACUCCCAGAGCGGGAAAAACCAGAAAGAAACUCCAAACGAGAGCCUCUGUAUCGCGUUGUAGCUACAGACAAAGAUGAAGGUCCCAACGCAGAAAUCUCCUAUAGCAUCGAGGAUGGAAAUGAUAAUGGCAAAUUUUUUAUUGAGCCAAAAACUGGAGUGGUUUCAUCCAAAAAGUUCUCUGCAGCUGGAGAAUAUGACAUUCUUUCAAUUAAGGCAGUUGAUAAUGGUCGCCCUCAAAAGUCAUCAACCACUAGACUUCAUAUUGAAUGGAUCUCCAAACCCAAACCAUCUCUGGAGCCAAUUUCAUUUGAAGAAUCGUUUUUUACCUUUACUGUAAUGGAAAGUGAUCCAGUUGCUCAUAUGAUUGGAGUAAUAUCUGUUGAGCCUGCUGGCACACCCCUUUGGUUUGAUAUAAUUGGUGGCAACUAUGAUAGUCACUUUGAUGUGGACAAGGGGACUGGAACCAUCAUUGUUGCCAAACCUCUUGAUGCAGAACAAAAAUCAAACUAUAACCUGACAGUUGAGGCUACAGAUGGAACGACCACUAUCCUUACUCAGGUAUUCAUCAAAGUAAUAGAUACAAAUGACCAUCGUCCCCAGUUUUCUACAUCAAAAUAUGAAGUUGUUAUUCCUGAAGAUACAGUGCCAGAAACAGAAAUUUUGCAAAUCAGUGCUGUGGAUAGGGAUGAGAAAAAUAAACUAAUCUAUACUCUGCAGAGUAGUAUAGACCCAUUGAGUCUCAAGAAAUUUCGUCUUGAUCCUGCAACUGGCUCUCUCUGUACAUCUGAAAAACUGGAUCAUGAAGCCAUUCACCAGCAUGUUCUUACAGUCAUGGUACGGGAUCAAGAUGUUCCUGUAAAACGUAACUUUGCAAGGAUUGUCAUUAAUGUCAGUGACACAAAUGACCAUGCCCCGUGGUUCACCAGUUCCUCCUAUGAAGGGCGGGUUUAUGAGUCGGCAGCUGUGGGCUCAGUCGUUUUGCAGGUUACAGCUCUGGACAAAGACAAAGGGAAAAAUGCUGAAGUGCUAUACUCAAUUGAAUCAGGUAUUUUUGGACCAUUCAAUUUGUUAAAGCAUAUUUUCUUUUCUAAAAUUAGUUCUAGAUAUUGAAGCGUUUCUAUGUAUAUCUGUAAAAAUUGCUUGAAUUGGUCUUUAGCUACCAUUUUACAUGUUAGGAAUGGAGAUUUUUCUUUCUUUCCUUCUUUUUUAAGAGAUUGAAUCCUAAUAAGUUUGGGACCCAGUAUUCUUAGAGAGUCACAGUAUUAGCAUAAUUCAAGACUCUGAGAAGUCCUGCAGAAAAGAAAACUCUCUUUGACUAAUUUCAGUAUUUCUGAGAUAAUUUUAACUGAACAAUCAUUUUCCUCCAAAAUAUUGGUUAAUUAUGAGACACUUAGGAAUACUGGCCUAGUAAUGUAACAUUUUACUUUGUAGUCAGAGAGUAUUUUCUUUUGUGCAGAGCCUAAGUGUCCAUGAUAGAGUGCUGAUUUGUCCCAUUCUCAAAAAAAAGUGUCUUCUAUCUAUCAUCUUCCUUUGAGUUAGCUCCCCUCCAAUAUCGUAAACCCCCAUGUUUCUUUAAAAAUUGUUUCAUGAGCGAAAUUGGGUUGUUGCAGUAGGCCAGAGUGGGGUCUGAGACUAGAAGAAAUGUUGA